CACUUAUUAUACACUCACCCUAAUCUCUCCCACUCUCUCACUCUCUCUCCCUCUCUCUCUCUCUGCUUUCUGCUAUGGACGCUCUCACUCUUUUCUGCACUGUCUCCGUCCUCGCCGGCGGUCUCUACUGGUUUGUUUGCGUGCUCGGCUCCGCUGAGGUGAAGGGGAAGCGUGCCGUCGAUCUGUCCGGCGGCUCCAUCGCCAAGGAGAAGGUGGAGGACACGUAUAAGCAGUACUGGUCAUUCUUCCGCCGCCCCAGCGAGAUCGAGACUGCUGAUAAUGUCCCGGCGUUCGUCGACACCUUUUACAAUCUUGUAACCGAUAUUUAUGAGUGGGGGUGGGGCCAAUCGUUCCACUUUUCUCCUUCCAUUCCGGGGAAAUCCCACCGCGAUGCGACUAGAAUCCACGAGGAGAUGGCGGUGGAUCUACUGGGUGUGAAGCCCGGAGCCCGUAUUCUGGACGCGGGGUGUGGCGUGGGCGGCCCGAUGCGCGCAAUUGCUGCCCACUCCGGCGCAAACGUCGUCGGCAUCACCAUCAACGAGUACCAGGUGAAUCGGGCGAGACUGCACAACAAGAAAGCCGGGCUGGAUUCGCUGUGCGAGGUGGUGUGCGGUAAUUUCCUCCAAAUGCCCUUCCCUGACAACAGCUUUGACGGGGCGUACUCGAUUGAAGCCACCUGCCAUGCCCCCCAGUUGGAAGACGUGUACAGAGAGAUCUACAGAGUGUUGAAGCCCGGAUCUAUGUACGUCUCUUAUGAAUGGGUCACCACCGAGUUGUACCGCCCGGAGAACCCGGAACACGUGGAUAUUAUCCACGGGAUUGAGCGGGGCGACGCCCUCCCCGGACUGCGGAACUACAAGGACAUCCCCGAGAUCGCCAGGAAAGUGGGUUUCGAGAUCGUCAAGGAAAAGGAUUUAGCUAAGCCGCCGGCCAAACCGUGGUGGACAAGACUCAAGAUGGGAAGAAUCGCUUACUGGCGCAACCAUAUCUUGGUCACCAUUCUCGCCUGGCUUGGGAUUGCCCCCAAGGGCACAGUUGAUGUCCAUGAAAUGCUGUUCGUGACUGCCGAUUAUUUGACGAAAGGUGGAGACUCUGGGAUUUUCAGUCCGAUGCAUAUGAUUCUCUGCAGAAAGCCCGAGCAUUAGCAACCCCACCCACCUGCAAUGUAAUACGUAGAGAUUGACCAUGGAGGUUAAUUUCGCCUUGUUGUCCCUACCCCCACCCACCCACCCUUUGUUUUUUUUGGUUAUCUAUCUGUUCUCUUAUUUCAGCUUAUUGGAUUUAAUUUCAUGUUGCUUUGCUUUUCUCUAGUUUGAAUCUCUAGCUUUGAUAGUUACACUUCUUAAUUAUCUCUUAGUUUUUGGAAGCCUGAAGUCCAAAGAUCCUAUCUUUAAUUAUUGUAAGAGGGAAAUCAAUUCAGAACUUGACAAAUUCCUCCUUGAACUUGUUUAAUUUAGGCUAUUGAGUUGGGUUUUCUUUC